GUCACGCGACGCUGCCCGGGUUUGUUUUGUUUGUGAUCCGCGGGACAAAUAGAGGAUUUAUCUGUAAUAAACUCUGUUAAAUACCUGUAAUAAAGUAUAAAAUCUGAUAUAAAUCACCAGGGAGAUGUCUCAGGACCUGUGGUUUCAGAACUAUGACGCCACAUGUCGACUCGCCCAGGAGAUUGCUGAGAACAUCCAGGAGAGGAACCGACAGCAGAGGACCGGCGGGAACCCUGCCAAGCUGAACAUGACCCUGCGAGCAUCUCUGCAGAAACUGAAGCAGAACAUCACACAGCUGAGAGAGACACUGGCUCGAGCCUCAUCACAGCGCCGCGUAAUGCAGAGUGAAGCGGACCGGAGGCAGAACCUGGUGGACGACCUGGUGACCAGGGAGAAGCAGCUGUUCACCUCGUUUAGCCGAGACCCGAGCGCUCCGGAACCGUCACGGUCAGCUCUGUUAGCGGGAGGAUUUGGGGCGGAGCCUGCGCAGAAUCCGUGGCUCAUCAACGAAUCAGAGGAGACAAAAGGCCGGACGUUCGGAGAGAUCAAAGAGCAGCAGCAGCGCAUUAUACAGGCUCAGGAUGAAGGUCUGGACGCGCUCGCAGAUGUGAUCAGCAGACAGAAGCGAAUGGGACAGGACAUCGGAAAUGAGCUUGAUGAACACAAUGAGAUCAUCGAUGACAUCACACAGCUGGUGGACACGACGGACAGCCGCAUCCGCAACGAGACGCGCCGAGUGCAACUGGUGGAGACCAAGUCAGCCUCCUGCGGUAUGAUGGUGGUGAUCGUGUUGCUGCUGAUCGCCAUCGUGGUUGUUGCUGCAUGGCCGACAUGAAGUGAUGAAGGACACACACAGCUGCGAAACACACACACACACACACACACACACACACACAUGCAGUGUUUUAGAUCAUCUCCCUACUGUAAGCAUUGACAAAUAUAAAAUUUCUAAUAAAGAGUUACCAAUCUGC